AUGAAAAGUUGGAAGGUCGUAAAGCCAAAGCAAAAUAGAACUGAGAAAGUGGAAGAAAAGAAGAGAUGCAGUAAAUUCAAGUGCGUAACUGUUCUAGUUGCACUAGUUGCAGUGGUGUAUGCAAGCAUAGCCUCAGGACUCCUCGAUCCGCUGUUCGGCAAAGUGUGCUCGCAUCCCGCGGCAAAAGCAAUAUUUUCCAAUGAGUAUUUUAUACUAAUUAAAAGAGUGGUGCAGCUAUUCAUAGUCAGAGUGCAGUUAUUACUUAUUGAAGCAGUGGCCAUUGGCCGCACGGUGCUAUGCAAGGCCCUCUGCGGAGUCUGCGCUCUUCUCAACAAAAUUCCCGGCAUGGAUUGGGUUAAAUCCAAGAUAGAAAGCUGCGGAUGCUGCAAGAGCGCAUGCGGCUUCUUAUCUAAGGCCGGGCACAGUGCAAAGAAUUUUGCAAGUUCUUUACAUAAUAAGAUCAAGGGCCUGAGAAAGUGA